AUGCUUUUCAUCUCACGCCUGCAGCUACUUCUGUCUGCGGUAGUGACGAUUAUUGCAGCCCAGAGAGACUACACCACCCCGGUACCGAUCCUGAAGCAGAUCAACCGACACAACGAGGACGGUAGCUACAGCUACGGCUAUGAGGCCGCCGACGGCACGUUCAAGAUCGAGACCAAAUACCCUAACGGAGAGGUACAAGGCAAGUAUGGCUACGUGGACGACGGUGGCAAACUGCGCGAGAUCGAGUACGGUGCGAGCAACCGUGGAUUCGAACCGCAAGGUACCGAUAUCAACGUGCCACCGCCGACACUGAGUAACAGCAACUACCCGCCGCUCGGCCCGAACGAGGAAGAUGACGGCCAGUAUCGGGAGGAUCCAAGCAUCUACUACAAGGAUUCCCGCUAUAACUCCAAGCCGGCACCGUACAACCCGCGGCCCGCACCGGUAGCCUACAAUCCGGCACCGCAGCAGUACUACCGCAACACGGCCGCCCCCGAGGUGCCGGCGGCGACGUACCAGCCCCAGCAGCCGCAACCCCAACACCGAUUCCAGCCUCAGCCGCAGCCGCAGCAGCAGCAGUACUACCAGCCAGCCGUUCCUCAACACCGUGCCGACCAGUGGCACCCGAAUGCCAAGGUGGACAUCAACACGGGCUCCUACUCGCUCAGCUACACCGGCAGAUAGAGCAUGGUGCCUACCUUUAGGAGCACUCACUGUCGCAUAGCUAGCGGAGCUAAACUCCAAACCAAUAAAAACAGCCCAUACAAUGUAUCCUAAGUCAGCAAGCACGGGCGGGUGCUGGUCCAGCGCCUGCCCUCAGCUUACCUAGAGUCACACACACCCAAACACACUUUCUCACAAGCCACGCUCGCAAUCGUGUCGCACCUAGGUGUACGUUUAAGCUCAUUCAUGUCGUGCCCA